UGGCGUUUCGGUUGAGUGCAUGGUUCUCUGUAUUGCUAUCCUGCGGUCGUUACUUAAGUUGGUGUAGCUAGAGAAGCAAGUGGUCAGCAACAUUUAUCUCUUGACGGGGUGUCUAACUCGGUGUUACUGUGCGUUUGACCCUUACUUAAUUUUACACCGCAAUAUCCCUUAAACCAUUGUUUUUCCUCUUUUUGUGUUGUGUUUUCUGUUUUGUUUUUGUGUUUUCUUAUUUGCCGUUGUGUUUUGCACCUUAUGUCCACCGUGGAAAACGUAGUGAAUGAAACACUUACCUGUUGUGGAUUACCAGGUUGCUCUGAAACACAAAAUUCCAGCUCGUUGUGUAAUUUAUUUAUAAAUGUGUCCGGGUUGGUUUCAACCGACCACUUCUACGGUUUCAAUCGUGACAUUUUUGACUGGCGACUUCAUCGGCCGUUGCCGUGGUUGAAGAGCGAUCCUUGCGGGCGCGUGAGGUUGACUAACGGCUAACAUGGUCGCUUGUUUAACCGAAACACCCAACUGAACGGACUGUUAACUGUCUCAGAAAAAGUUAUAAAACACGAAUAGCUAGCUAACCUUUUCAACACCCCUUUUUGUGGUCACAAGUCAGGUCAUGUUCGUACUUUGUCGAUGUGUUGCUUAGAAAUACAACACGCCACUACUUCAGUAUUAGGGCCAUGUUAGCCGUUCCGGUUUUUUUUAUGCGACGCACUUUGCGUCACCAGCGUCACUAAAGUGAAAAGCGAACGUAAGUUUGCGUAUCAAGGAUACUGCAACAAUAAUACAUUAGUCUACGUUAAAUUACCUUGACAUUUAACAAAAUAGGUUUUAGUUUAAAAAGUUUAGAUUUUUUUAAUUCUUUAGAUUUGUGCAGCAUAUUUUCAUACGACCUAGGGUUGGGAGAGCACUUGUAAAAGAAAAAUGGUUAGAUGAAAAAACUAAUGCAAAGGUGCAUUCAAAUUUUCUGUCUGGGUUGUCAAGACUCCCUAACAGGAAUAAUUGAGAAUCACAACCAAAACCAACAUAAUUUAGUGUGAUUAUAAUUUCCUUAUGGCCUAUUUAUAAAAAUGUAGUGUAAUGUUAAUAUCCAUAGAAACAGUAAGAGACGCUGUGACUUGCUGUUCUUGCAUCACAGUCACAUCAGCUCCAGGGAAUUAAAGCUUGACCUGCUGCCUGCCUGGUGUCUCUUCUUCACUCUGUUGUUUGCGACUUAAAACCAGAGCGUCAGAGCGUCAAGACUGAGUGGGCUGUAUCCGGAGCUCAGUCUGUGAAUGGGCACACACAAACACUACUGGCUCAUCACAUGCCUUAUCAGAUUUUAUGACCUCUGGGAUACUGUGGUCUUCAGGCAUCACUUAGACUGCUGGUGAUUUGUUGCCUUCCUGUGAUUUGGGGACAGCUUGAAGAGCCACCGGCUGCAAUAUCAUGGAGCACAUGUCCUCUCCGGUCAGGUUCCGCAGCAAUAAGAAAGGUAACAUUUUGUUUCUCAUUUUUCUUACAUUAUUUUAUUCAGUUGGACCCCAGUGACUGUUAGACCCCUGCCAUUAAAGACCUGCGCCUUUUAAUAGGAAAAAAUAAGAUGAUCACUCAAUGUGUUUGUACCUACUGUGCUGUAUCACACAGUAUAUCAAUGAUUUGUAUACUCAUUUAGAAAGCUAAAGUAGUCUACUUAAAAAUAAAAAUAAAACAAAAUAUUUUUAUUUUGAAAGGGCCAAUAUUUUUACUCUCAUUAUAUAACAAAGCUUUGUUGUUUCUGAACUUGUAUCACCCCUGUUUUGUUUUACUAAUUUAUUCCCCCAUCCCAGAAAAAGCUGCAGUUUUCUCAGAAAAGGAGGUAGGAUAAGUUUGGACAAUAGUAUUUAAUAUGUCUUUGUAUGUGUGUAUGUUUAUUUGUAUGUGUGUGUGUUUGUUAAAGAGUUAAACCUCCAACCCCCAACCCUGCUAGAGCAUUAGAAGCUGGGAUAAGCCUACUGCAAAGCUUUGUGGGUAAUUAGAGCUGACAGGUAGAGGGAUGCCAGGCGAACCCAGAUCAGGCCAGCAGCACUGUGGACUUAGUUGUUCUUUUGUCUGUGGAUCAGGUUAGCAGGUUAGUGUUAGAUCGGAUAGGUGUGUAUUUCCUGUGAAACAGAGGUGGAGUUAUUGCUGUCCGAACUGCUGGUGUAGUAAACACUGUGAGGAAUUUACAUGGUGGAGAUAGGCAAAACUACUGGCUGUGCAUAAGUCCCACACUGAAACACACUCAUUAUAUUCAUUUAAAAAUAGUUUCUUCCCCCUAUUAUAUUGAUUUUGUUAUAAUUUACAAACCCUGACAUGCAAAAGUGUGUUAUUUCUUGCUGUACUCAGCCUGGACAGAUGGAUGAGGGCUUCUGUAAUAGUAUAAUGGGAUCACAGCUCAGGGAUAAUCAGUAAAGAAAGAGUAAAGUGAGUCACUACAACAGGAAACACACAUCCGUCAGGUCAUGUAGUGAAAGAACACGGCCCUGACUGAGGCCAUGAACAGCCACUGUUAUAGUCCUCUCUCUUGUGGUGAUGUCUUAAUGCCACAUGAAUGAAAUUGAUCUCUUUAGCUGUUUCACAUUCAUGUAGUUCAUCUAUUUGAUAGAAACCCAUCCCCUUCUCUGGUUUUAGACAUUACAAUUAAUUAUAGACAUAAUCGGUCUUAAUGCUAAUGGUCUAGUUUGCUUUUGUAGGUCAUUCGGAUUUGAUUUCAGUGUGUUUCAUAACCAGCUACAGUCUCCUUUGAUUCACUUUAGUACAAAACACAUUUUUUCUCUAUUAUAUUGCACAUUAAAUGGUUAUUCUUACUGUGUCAGCCAUUGUACUGAUGGAUAAGAAAAUAGGAAGUUUUGGUAACAAGUUACUUUUUUUACCCUUUUGUCUAUUUAUGUUAAAUCAAAUGUUUCUUAUCUGUCCUAGUUUUCUAGUCUGUCCAUUGAGGACCAGGAAGACACUCAGUUUCCCUUUGCCAUGAGGGAUCUGCCUCUUGUCUCUCAGUCUGGUGAAAAACACCAAGCACAAAGACAUCAGGCUCCAGUCAAUUAUGAGGCAGGGGAAACCGGAAUAGGAACCAACGGGGGCCCCUACAGCCUUCCUGGGACUCCUUCUACGCCUCAUUCUUCCCCCUGCCACUCUCCCAGUUCUACAAUUCCUCCCAGACCAAAUCGUAUAGGAUCAAAUACAGAGUUUCAUCCCCCGCCGCUGAGAAGGCAGGUGGUCACUCAGGUGUCUCUGGACUCUCCACUCAGCCCGGCCUCACGCCCUCGCAGCCCCUGGAGUCGCUUCGAUCCCUACGACUCUCCGGAGGUGUGCUCUUUGUCUCAUGAGAGUGUGUAAAAAUGAAUUUAUGACCACAGAAGAUGCUGAAUUGUCUUUGCCAGCUUUUUAAUCACCUUUGAGCUAAAAUGAAUAUGGUGAAUUUUAAAAAUAUAGAGAGAAGCAAACAGAGCAAAUGAAUCUUGAAAUAGUUUAUUAUGUUUAACAUAUUUGGGUAACAUUAAUCUUUUAGAAAACUGCAUUUGUAGCUCAAAAAAGACCUCAUAUCUUUUUUGUUUGAAUACACAUUGAAUCUUUACUUCACAACAAUAUCCAAACAUGUUUGCCAUUUCUCUCCACAGGACCAGGAUAAAGAGUAUGUGGGGUUUGCCACUUUGCCCAACCAGGUUCAUAGAAAGACCGUAAAAAAAGGGUUCACAUUCACGCUUAUGGUGGUGGGUGAGUCUUCAAGAUUUUCUACAUCAGAAAGGUUUUAGCUCGGUGCACUCGUCUGGAUUUGAGUACACUGAUAUAAACUAUGUUCAGAAACUUACAUGACUGCUGAUGAUGGACUGUGGUGUUCUUGUCUUCAUAGGGGAGUCUGGCCUUGGUAAAUCCACUUUAAUCAACAGUCUGUUCCUCACAGAUAUCAACAAAGACAGAAGGGUUCCCAAUGCUCAAGGUAGUAUUUGUGUGUCAUUGACAAAAUGUUGCUUCUAUCUGGUUGCUUGAACCAGCUUUGUCGAAAAUUUUGAGUCUUUCGAAUGUAAAAUAAGAUCUUCCUUUGUGUCUGCAGAGCGGAUUGAUCAAACAGUCGAUAUUGUCAAACACAUUGUCAGCAUCGAAGAGAAAGGAAUCAAGCUGAGACUCUCCAUCAUAGACACGCCGGGGUUUGGAGAUGCCAUCAACAACACAGAAAGGUGAAGUUACCAGAAGGGGUGUUCAUCUUUAUUUCUCCACAAACAGACCAGCUUGACCCAGACUUGUCUCAGUGGAUUUUGGUCAAGGUUCUGGUUGUCUCUGUAUCAGAACUUGCUAAAAGUUGGAGUACAGACAGACUCCACGCUUAUGGAUUCACUCUCUUGUUGAUGGCUUCUGAAACACACUGAGCAUGCUCAUUAUAACUGUUGCUUUUUUGCUUGAGUUGUCAUCUCACUUCAAGGUUUUUCAUAUCUUUACAUCAGCUGGAAGCCAGUGGAAGACUACAUUGACCAACAGUUUGAGCAAUAUUUCAGAGAUGAGAGCGGGUUGAACAGAAGAAACAUCCAGGACAACAGAGUACAUGCAUGUCUCUACUUCAUUUCCCCAUUUGGCCACGGGUAAGCUGACAACAGGAUGCUUAACAGCCUCACUGAAAAUGUGUUCAAUACAUAUUGAACCCAUUUCUAUUAUGUUGUUUUGUUUUGUUUUUUACAUCAGACUUCGACCUCUGGAUGUGGCGUGUAUGAAAGCACUGCAUGAGAAAGUCAACAUAAUUCCUAUACUGGCCAAAGCUGACAGCCUGACACAAGAGGAGGUCUUCAAAAAGAAAAUGCAGGUAUGGCAUCAGAAAAAGGGGUGUGCAAAGUCCAAAUUAUCUCGUAGUUACACAGAUAAUUCACUCAAAACCACAAAAGUCUAAUGUAUUUUAAUGUUAAAAACAGGUCUCUAGUUAAAUUACUCUGUAAAUAUCUGCAUUGGUGUGUUGGUUUGUUUUAUGCUGUUUUCAAGCCCUUUUUUCUCCUCUGUCAGUUACCCUCAAAAAUUAACCUUCACCACUUGGGGUCCAUUUUACAUCUACAGCCUGAAAGUAUGGGACUAUUUUUAAUUUUUUUUUAGCUCAUUCAAAAGUUUGUGCUAGCAAAAAGUUGGGCCAAGGAGAAAAAAAUCCCAGGGAAAGUUGUUUGAUGCUAAUAAUUAAAUAAAAACACUCAGAUUACAACAGUAUGGCUCUGUAGUAGAAGAGUCCAGAUGCCAACGUAGCCUGACUGCAGUCCUGACCUAUUAAAGACACAUGGUGCAUCAUGACAUAAAAAAUCCAACAACGUAAAAUUAGCAAUUCCCCCCAUUAAAGGGACUUCUGCCUUUGUAUUGGUGUGUUUUAUUUUUAUAUGUAUCCCUGAAAUGUUGAAAUGUCUUCCAUGCACUCCAGAUUAGAGAGGAGAUCAGACAGUUUGGGAUCAACAUCUACCAGUUUCCUGAAUGUGAUUCAGAUGAAGAUGAAGACUUUAAGAACCAGGACCAGAUACUCAAGGUUCUUACUCCUGUUUCAGAUAUUUCUCUUGGUUAAAAUGUGCUGCCUCCUUAAAAUUCAAGAGUGACUUUCUUUUUGUGUCUCUGCAGGACAGCAUCCCGUUUGCAGUUAUUGGGAGUAAUGUUCAGGUGGAGAGCAAAGGACGCAAGUUCAGGGGUCGCAUCUACCCCUGGGGUGUGGUUGAAGGUAUGACACAGACACACAAACUUCAUGGGUUUUUCUGUGUUAUUGCAAUCUCAAUCUUUUGAUGUUAAAUACUGAUGGAAACCUAAUGUGAUCCUCUUUGUUUUUGCAUGUUCAGUGGAGGACCCAGCUAACUCUGACUUCCUGCUGCUGAGGAACAUGCUAGUGAGGACCCACAUGCAGGACCUGAAAGACGUGACGCGAGAGACACACUACGAGAACUACAGAGCCCAGUGCAUCCAUAACAUGACCCGCAUGGUGGUCCAGGAGAGGAAGCGCAGGUGGGUUUCAUCAGCUUGCAGAUGAUUUGAGUGGACUGAAGUGAAUCAGGAUAUUCAAACCGCCUUUGUGCCCUCUGAUUUCGGUGUGUUUCUUAAUUCUAUGACGUGUCUUAGUUUGCGGGAGAAGUAUCAAGAUGCCAGUGAAGCAGAUUUACCCCUGCCUCUGGCCGUCAUUGACACAGAGAGGGAACGACUCAUUUUUGAAAAAGACGAAGAGGUAGGCCUCUCUUGACUGUUUACUUCAUUCGUUCUCUUCUUCAUGCACUGAUUUAUUUCUUCCUCUCCGCAGCUGAGGAGGAUGCAAGAGGUGCUGCAGAGGAUUCAGGAGCAGAUGCAGCGCAGCCAGAGUGAAGAUUGCUGAUGCUCCUGGGGGAGGGGUCGAAGCAAGCAAAGGAAGGAUCCUGAACACAGCACAAGGGCCUAAAGGAGACGGGAUAACUACGGCAUUUUACAGACUCUGUGUUAAACAAGCUGAUUUAGUUCAUUCUGUCUGAAGGCUUUUUCAAACAAGAGAAGAAAAAUGAAUUCUACUCGGUUGCCUAAAAUACCUUAAGUUUGAAAGGAAAGUAUGUCCCCUGUGCAAAAUGUUCCCUAAUCUCAGGGAUUAAUUGAGGAGGGUUGAGGAAAGCCUCUUAGGUUGUCUCUAGCAUGUUUAAAGUGUUUAGACUUUGGUUCUCUCAGUUUGUGUCUUACCUUUCCAUUUCACUUUGAUUACAAUCAUAAAAGAUUGUAAUCAUCAUCCCUCAGCAAGUCCGUCUUUGUGUUCCAGCUUCUCGAAAGUUGACGGCAACAAGGAAAAAUCUAGAGAUCCCACUGAGCAAUAGACGCACUGUAGACAUCUAGUUUUUUUAGACCUAAUGUCAACGUCUAGAUGUUGUUUAUUUUUAGAUGGAAUUUAGACGUUGCACUUUAACCCAUUAUUCGAUAACUAUUUAUGUCAAAAAGCAACUGUGAGUUGCAUAACUGAUCUCCAAGUACUUAACCAAAAUAAUUAUGAUAGCUGUUGAGCAAUAUACAGUGUUGCAUAGAUAUAGCCCAGACUAAGAUUUGGUCUAAACUUGGUUUAGAUUUAGACGUCUAAAAACGUUCAUUUUUAGACCUGUGGUAGCCUGUUUUUAGACCAGUCGUCUAAGAUACAUUUAGACGUCUAUUAGACCUCUUUUAGACCAAAAACUGCUCAGUGGGAUAGUAAGGCAAGUUCAGAGGAUGGUUGACAUGAUUUCUCCGCAGAGAAUUUGAAAAGCAAAAGCAAUUCUUUCCAAGCAAAGUGUGACAGGAAAUAGUUGAUAAAAUCCUCGGAUCAUUUGUUUAUGUGUCCUAAAACCACCUCUUUACUCUGAACUUCAUACCACAGUAACACUGCCACCUAGAGUCAUGAUAGUCUCAAAAACACAAACUGAAUUAAUCAGGAUUUAUUACUUCGAGUGUCCGUUUUGUCUUUUUUUUGUAUUUUUGAAUCUUCUUUUCUGUUUUCUAAAGACCAAAGCCAAAAAAUGAAUAAAUAAAACCUCUUUCUAUCUGCUUCUUCUGGUGGUUCAUUCAUUUAUUCCUUUGAAUAAUUUCACACAAGAGCAGGAUGUGUUGUAAAUGUAAUAAGAUUUAUUAAGAAUCUUUAAUAUUUCAUCAGCAUACUUCUUCAUCAUUAAUAUGUUUUUAUCCAUUACCAUCAUUGUUAUCUUAAACAGUGGACAGUUAGAUCUAAAAGGCAGCCCAAAGUGUACAGGCGAUUUAUAACUUAAAACUUUCUCCAUAGGGAAAACAUGUUUUUAUAUUCAUAUAUAAUAUCAAUGUAGCAUGAGGUCCAAGAUCCUGCCCACGUUAUACAGUAUUGUACAUGGUCCCAAAAAUAAACAGAAAAACAAAAACUUGGAAACAAAAGAAACUAAAACAGCAAUCUACAUGCAGUUCAAAACCAAAACAAGCAUUUCAAAUUUGAGGAUACAUACACUCAUAUGCCGAAACGUGCAUACGAUCACAAAUUUACAAAACUUUCAUACGUACGUACAAAUAUUACAAAAACUCAAAUUGAAUAUUAGACAUUAUUGUGUUAUCAAGAAAAAGAGCAACAACUUUUUUUGAUUUUUCACUUUUUCCACUCCAAGUCUCAGUCCUUACUAACACAAAAAAGGAAAAAUGUAAAACGGUAAAAAGAAAAACAAAAAAAGGACAGUUAAUCUUUGUCUCUUCCAUUCGUUCAUUGUGUACGUGUUUUGCCAGAGUUGUCACAGUGUUCAGGAAAACUGAGUAUAGGCACACACGAUAGCACCCUAACAGGCUCAUACCAUAAUUCACCUCUGUAAAAAAAAAAAAAAAAGAGCUCGCUUGCUACACACAACUCACACACUCCAUCAUGCACGGGGCAAACUGUAUAACCAAGGAAACAGAGCCAUGCUACAGGUACAGUGGCAUUAAUUAUAGUACAGAAUAUAAAACAGACUGAAUACAGACACAUACACAGACAGAACACACGGGGACAGAGGAGGCGCGAGGAGGAGGAGAUCCACACAGAAGAGACAACAUACACUACGCCGUUGGGUGAUUUUUGUUUUGGUGUGACAUGUAUAGGCUGGCAAGGAGGCUGUGGAGCCAUCAACUCUUUCACUAUGUGCACAUAUAAACCCACACAUACACACACUCACACACACACUGAGACAUGUGGGUGCUGCAACAUUUGGAGCAAAGGACUUGAUCUGCUUGGUUUCUGGUCAUCAUUUUGCAAAAAAAUCCAUCUUUUCCCAAUAACUUCUUAUCCUUUAGAGCUGAAGAUGAUUACUUGUUUCAUCCUUGUGCAAUCUGUUGAUCGUUUUCUUGAUUUAUUAAUUAGUUGUUUGGUCUAGAAAUAUCUAAAAAAAUUAAAAAACGUCAGUCAUGGUUCACAAUUCCCAGAGGGUUUACCUUAAUUGUGUUCUUUAACUACCUGGAGAUAGUUUUCAGUCACACAGAGGAGGAACAACAACACAGUAUUCAAAUUAAAUCAAUUUAUCCUCAAAGUACUUCACAAAAUAAUACCUAAUCACUUCUACCUGCUGAUCUGUGCAGUAAUCUUACUCGUACUGAAAAAAAUUGACUCCCUAGAAAAAUCAUUAAUGAAGAGGUUUCAGAGGUUUUUCAUUCACAUCUCACAAUCCUCCAGAAAGCUAAAGUUUAUCAAGUAAAUUAAUGUUCAGGGAGACUUACAUAAGGGGCGUUUCUUGAGUAGGGAUUGUUUCUGUCAACUUCAUGUUUAGUGUGUGUCUCCUUCCUGAACCCUAGACAAGAGGGUUUAUAUCAAUGUGCUCUUCACACCGUUCCUCUACUUCCUGAACUUAAGGCUGCUCCUUUAUCUCCUGUCUUACAUUAUUGGACGAACUGAUUUAUCGAGGUGUGUCUGAGUAGUCACAAUGGUAAGUCACAUCUGGAUCAAUCAGAUUGUCCAAUAAUAUAGGACAGGAAAUAAAGGAGAGGUCUUAAGUUCAGGAAGUAGUGGAGCUGUACACAGAGCCCAUUAAGGACAGAGUUAGUCUGAGUCCAGCAGAGGGAGCUGUUGAUUUAAAAUGAAGAGGAUGAAAAACUGGAUUCACACACAGAGGAAAGCUUUCUCUAAAUGUUCUAGCACCUAGAUUUUGGAACAUUGAAAUUAAAUUCAUCCACAUUUAUCAGGUAUUUAGGAAAAGGUGGACCUCUUAUCUUGAUGUCUUCAAUUCAACCCAUCUUAAAAGAGGCUUCGAUGAGCUGAAGAUAUAAAGUUCAUUCCAGUGUCCUCUUCUCCCAGAAGACUAAAUCUAUGUAAUUAUAUUUAAAAAUGGUAAAAUUUUCCUGUCUGCUCUUGUACGCACCAUUAUGCAUUUUUAUCUGAUUUAAAAAAAGAAUCAAAUUGAUCUGGUGGUGAAAGUUUUCUUGGAGUUACUGCUUCUUCUAAAGCCCUCAGAGGGAAGUUGACAUUUGAUUCUGGACAAAGUCUCUGGACUACAGGACAUACAACUGGGUUAAAUUUAGAGUGAACCAUCUUGACACAUCACACAUGACUGUUAGAAAGAUCCCAUAAUAAACACUUUUAGAAAAGUCCAUAAUGAAUAGUUCUGCACUUCUUUUCUAUUCUAUUUCCAGACCCUUGCAGCCUAAACUUCUUGUUGUACUUUUUAAAUAUGUAGUUUGAUGGUUUCCUGUGAGGAAAUCUAAUUUUUCUGAAGUGAUGCGCAGUCAGAGGUUGUUCAUGUAGUCUCUGCAUGUAAAUUUCAACACAAGAAAGUGUAACAGAUGCUUAUGCGCUAGUGCAUGCCAAAAAAAUCAAGCAAUCAUUGUCUUUCUAGAUUUGCUCUUCAGUUUAAGAGACAAUUAUAAUUGGCCUCCAAAGUUCUUUUUCUUGAACUACUUGCAAAAUAUUAGUGUGCAAGCACAGACAGGACAAACCUUCAUCAAAGGAAAGAUGGCAAGGGACUCACUGUCUUUUCUUGGAGUCAUUUUGCACUAAGUACAAGGACAACAACAUGUGCUAAAAAAAAUAAAAGUAAGAUAAUCGAGAAUUGGACUGCUUCAGAAAAAUGCGACAGUGUUUUAACUGUGUUCAUCAGGCUGUGGGAUGUACUUAAAGCCCUCCAUGUCAUCAAUGGGACCGACGAGAUCUCACACACACACAUCUGCAACAUCACACAGGGUAUCGUGACUAUAUAAAUACAAGGCGGGAUCAAACUGUAUCACCAUGACGACAGCCUAACGAGAACCACAUCUCUUCCAUGCAAUUUCCCUCUCUGAGUAAAUGAGGAUUUAAGGUAAAACAUUGAUGCCUGAGAGUGAACUGAGCUUAUUAUGUUAGUGCCUCUGGUUGUUCAGUCAGGAAAGAGGUAAGGAAGGAAGAGAGGAAAGGAAGAAGAGAAGGAGAGGAGGAGGAGAAGAGGGGAGGUUUAACAGAGUUCCUGUCUUUGCAGCGCAGACUACUGUCACAGUCUAUUUUCACAAACAAAGGCUCUGACUCUGCUUUCAUGUCAUUUCUCAUAAACCAACAGAGCUGUAUUAAAAAUAUGUCUGCAGAUAUUUCCACAAGUUUUCCAAAAAAAGCAGUUUGUUGUUUUUGUUGAAGUUGUCAUGUCGAAGACUCUGCUGCUGCUGCUGCUGAUUAUUGAUUGGAGUGCGACAACUCCUCCACAGUUCUGAAUCGUGUUCCUGAUCUCUCCAUCACAUGUGUCUUUUACUAAUUCAGGCUAGUUUGAGUGUGCUGACAGGGAAGGUUGGGACUGUAACCAUGGUGACAGGGUUGAGGACGGCAGCCUGUCCCACCAGCUGGGGGUGGGGGGCCAGCACAGCUGUGGGUUUCCCUAGCGAUGGGUUCCCUUGGGUCAUUACUGCUGCGUUGUUUACUGGGGUUCCACUAGCGUUAGCUUGAGGGUUAGCCUGGACGUGAGGGAGGGUGUGGUGGGUGAAGGUGUGUGUGAUGUGGCCCACCAUAGUGGGCUGGGACACAGACACACCUUGAGGGUAGAGAGUCGGGAGGUGGGAUGGCAGGGGACCCCCCAGGUGAGCCACAGGGUGGACGGUGAUGUGUCCGAUAGGUUGCGCUGCUAUCUGCUGGUGAGUGGCGGUGGCAGAUGGAGCUGCUGCGAUGGGCUGAGGGGUGGAGGAGGAGGCGGGACCAGGUGAUGGAGCGAUGUGCGUUAGAUGUUUGUGAGUAGCUGGCAGACCGUGAUUUACAGCUUGGAUGACUGACGGGUGAGAGACAGCGGCAUGAGCGAUGACCGUGGGCUGGACCUGCACCGCUUGAGGCUGCACUGGAUGAGCGGGUGGUGGAGGGGGCUGACCGGGAGCUGGAGCUGGGGCGAUGGCCUGUGGGGGAGGUGGAGCAGAGGGAGGAGGCGUGGUCAGGACUCCAGAGAGAGGCAGGGUGGUGUGCUGGAUUGAGAGGUGAGGGGCGAGGAGCGGCUGGGCCUGCAGGAUGGGAGGUGCUGGUUUGGGAAGAGAGGCUGGAGGGGGAACGGUAGCUGGGACAUCUUCAUCCAUGUCCUGCUCAAAGUUGUCCUCUCCUUCUGUGGACACAGAGAGACAACUGUCAGUCAUGAUCACAUCACGUGUAACCUCAGAUGACACCCAAAGCUGACCCCCUCUACAACAAAAACUUCCACAGCAUCACACCUCUGUUGAUUCAUGGCAGAAUCACAACUGCAGUUUAAAGAUCAAAUAUCAGUCAUGUGUGUAUGUGUGUUUGUGUUUGUGUGUUUGUGUACCUGAGGCGGUGGAUGUGGACGCCUGGUCAUCCUCUGGUUGGAUGGUCUGUCGCAGGACUCUGUCGAUCUCAACGAUGUCCAUACACUGGCUGAGCUCGUUCUUGAGCUCGGCCAGCCGCUGCUGAGUGGCGAUCUUCUCUCUGGCCAAACGCUCCAUCUCGUGUUCAAACUCUUUCUCUUUACGCUUCAAAGUCUGUAGAGAGGAGGCAGAGAGUGAGUGGAUGGAGGUUUGCUGGCAGGUGACACACGUACAAUUCCUUCUUCCUGUCGGAGUGUGCAGAUGUAAACCAAUACUUUCCAAUGAAUAACCAAAUGUAUAAACAUAGAGUGAAAAUUUUGGAAAAGUCUGUGUCUGUCCACCGUAUUUUCCGGACUAUAAGCCGUGCUUUUUUUCAUAGUUUGGCUGGGUUUGAGACUUAUACUCAGGUGCGACUUACAUAUAUAUAUAUUAAAAUAUAUAAUCUUACAUGUUUGUUAUUUUCACACUAAAGGGCACUCUAGUUGUUCAGAAGUGACACCGAAGAUUAUGAAUUCGAUGGAUUUAGUGAUUUGGAGUGAGAUUGAGAAUUUGGUAAACUUGUUUUGUUAUUUUCUUUAUACUAAAGUUAUCUGAGUUACAGUUAAUAUGUUACGUUAACACACCAGACGCCUAUUGAGUUCAUUGUUUAUGCUUCAUGUAGCUGAAUAACAAUCAAAGUGCUACGUUAGUAUACGGUACACCUAUUUAGUCUGUUGUCCUCUAUUCUACUGAUUUUAUCAUAACUUGCCUUUCAAGAUAAAAUGUCUGUUCUUGUCAAAUAAAUUUCCCCCCAAAAUGCGACUUAUACCGGUGUAUGAUUUGUCUUCUUCAUUAUGCAUUUUUUUGGCUGGACUUAUACUUUGGUGCGACUGAUAGCCCGGAAAAUAUGGUACAUUAAUUUCCACUUUAUCAUCGUUGCAUCAAGUCAUGAUGGGCUGUCACUAAAAUCAUCUGAUCAUCAACUGAUUUGUCAUCUGUGCUGCUGUUUAAAGAGACACCUUAAAAAGUCUCAUAAUAAAAACAGAAACCAAACAAAGAGCUUCCUUUGUUUCUCCUCCACAGACAGACACUCUUUCAGGAAACCUUGUGCACAUAGUGUGAAGCUGGCAUUAGUUUUAAAUUUGUCCUAAACUCUUACAGGGCUGCAGCAUUUCACAGAAAACAAGAAUUAGGAGCGACUUUCUUUCCUGACCACUCCCACGUCUCAGGUUUCACUGGAACACUCGGUUCUCUGCCCUGACUGGGUUUUAAACACAAGCAGGAAAGCGUGUAAGCAAAUUCAAGCAUGUUCACGCUGCACCUACUAAGCUCCUCCCACAUCCCACUUCCUGGAGUCAUGCUUGUUUUUCUGAGAGAUCGGGGUCAGAGUGGGACGUAACGCCCUGCUGGAUUUUAUUUUGACCAAUCACUCAAGUCCAACACAGACAGUUCUAGGGAUCACUAGAUUACUACUACCUGAGCGUUAAAGUCUGAGAUUCAGCUGAAUUCAUUUGCUCACUCCUCACACAGGGCUUACACACACACUGGGUAGGAAGCUGCAUGCAUAUUUGUCAGGAAAAAAAACACUGCAGGUCCACGAAUAAGAAGAAAGAUUUGCAAAGACAUGGCACAGCUUAUCCAGCCACCGCACGCUGUCUCUGUGACCCACUUUCUGCUUCGGUCAGCUGACCCACGAACACCAAACAGAACGACAGGCUAAGGACAUUAACACAGAUUACUAGUGAGGAAUGAGGGAGAGGGGGGGAGGGUGGAGGUACAGGAGGUAAACUGGGGGGAAAUGAGGCCAGAGCAUGGAGAGGUGAGAAAGGACAGGCCAAAGGGUUGGAUCAGUGGACAAAAAAAAGUUGAAUGCUGAUCUGCUGGUCUGAAUGUCUUGUCCUAUCACAGCCAUGACAUGACUGGAAACUCAAUGUUCAGAUGAGUUGUUCAACAUAAUUAUGCUGAUCCAUACUCCAGCAAAAAAUAAGGAUGGAGACACAAGAGAAAGGAGAGAAAAUAAGCCUACGGGGACUCAUGAUCCUACGACAGCACACUCAAUAGGGUGAUCAAAGCUGCUCGCUCUGCAGGCGUGUGAUGGCUACAGGCAGACGGCUGUUCAACAUGAGUCUGGUUCCCCCUCAGGGUUUCUACCUGCUAAAAGGGAAGUUUCUCCUCACCACUGUAACUGUCUAAAUGCUGCCAAGUGCUCUGCUCACAGUGGUGAGACUGUCAACAGUCACAAACCUGUUGUACCGUACAGGACCCUGUUGCUUAACCAAAUUAAUUCAGUUUUUGUUGUCGAUAUUUUUUUUCCAAAGCAAAUAUCACAGACACAUGUCGAGAAACAGAGGGGCGUGUCAGGUCUAUGUUCGGAAAAUAGGCCUGAAAUGAAGCUGUGU